GGGGAAACGAAUGGAGAAGAGCCGAGAUAUAGCAGUAGUGCAGUAUAUAUUUAUAUGAAAUUAAUUAUUUAUAAAUCAUUAUCGGGCCGGAUUAUUAUUAUUCAGUGACAAGUUUUUUUUUUUAUGUGGAGAAUUGCACCCUGUUCUGUUUCCCAGGCUUACCCCUUGGAAGAGCUUCUUUUUUUAUAUACAUUAUAACCCAAAUGUCAACCUAUCGUCAAUUUUCAUCUAAACUAUUAUCAAAAGUAAGCAAAGUUAAAUUAACAGAAGCGGAUAUAAAGCCUCAACUCGUGUUUAAUGCUGAAAAAGGACGAUCCUUCUGGAGACCACCUCAGGUAUCGAGACGCCUUCAAAAUGAUUUACGUAAAGCAUGUGUACAGACAAACAUAAAGCCUGAAUCGAUUGGAUUACCACCCAUUAGCGUCAAAAAACCACUUCGUUAUAAGCCAAAUAAACUUGAAAAACACGAACGUAUGCGUGCUGAACGACAAGCUAUGAUUCAACGUAAUCUAGAGAAAAUGCCACAAAUCAUUCAAGCAUGGGAGGAAGAUAAAUUAAAGGAAUUGGCAAAACAAAAGACUUCAAUGCCAUUCUAAGGGCACACAUUAUUUGUAUAUAAUAUUUUACAACAGCAAAUACACACACGCACACGCACGUAUAUAUGUAUAUAUAUAUACAUAUUCAUAUAUUUAUAUGUAUUUAUAUUUAUUUCUAUAUUCAUAUAUAUAUAUAAAGGACAUUUUACUUCCUCUCCCUCUUUUUUUUUUUUUCUUUACAAAAUAUACGCUAAGGAAAUAAAUUGCAGAAAUAUAGAAUUUAUAUUAUUAUGUGUUAAUACCCAC